UUUAGAGCGUGACGUCACACUGUCGGUUGCACGAAGAAGGAAAGAGGCCAACUUCCGGUGUGGUGCGUUGAACAGGGACCACGGGACGUAACUGCCAGGAAAAUGCGGUAGGCAGUUGUCAUAACUGAAAGCGAAAUAAAGCACAGCACAGCUCAGUGCUAUCUUUAUCACUUUAAAAUAAAUGUGGCAUGUGGUUAUAUGGCCUAAGGGCUUUGUGACGGAAGCAAUCGGGUUAGCUGAUCAGCCAUCGAUCGAUCGGUAUUAGGGAGUGCGCGAGCUCUGCGCGCGGCCGAACAUGGGGACGAGAUCGAGCCGUUUACACGAGGAAGCUGCUUCGACACCUUUCGAUAAAGAUGGCAUCAAGAGAGAGUCCUGCCGACGGGUCCGAAGCACCAGGCCCACUAGCCUCAUGGUGGAGUUCUCCGGGAGUUUCGACCAUGACUCCGAGACGAACCGCAGCCGGUCGGAGGAGGGCAGCGACUCGGAUACCGGGCAGCAGGCGAGCAGCGACGGCAGUCCCGCCGACCGCCACACAUCCCCGUCGCUGAGCAGCCAGGCCUCGCCAACGGACGAGAGCGGAGCCGAUGAGAAACGCGAGGAGGAUGGCAGUCCAGGAGGCCCUGUGGGCGGGGAGGAAAUAGGCCGUGCACCGCAGCGCACUUUCUCGGAGCGUUUGCCCAGCGGUCGCCAUUCUUCCACCAGCGGCGUCACGGCGAGGUCCGCCCGGGUGAGAGGGACCCACGCUCGGCCAGUCUCCGAGGCGUGGAUCGGCCUCUACAGACUCAACAACCGCCACGGUGCUAUUCGUUGUCCUUUUUGCACCAAGCCGUUCCCUGGAGGGCGGAUCGAGGAACACCUUUUAAGUUGUCUGACUUCUCCACCUCUCCCUUAUAACACGGAUGUGCUUGCUAAGGACAGUGGAGAAUGCUCAAUCUGCCUCGAAGACCUCCUACAGGGAGAAACCAUUGCUCGACUGGCUUGCCUGUGCGUCUACCAUAAGAGCUGCAUUGACACAUGGAGCAAAGUGAAGCCAUGCUGCCCUGAGCAUCCUUUUGAAUGAUUCAUGUUCACGUGCAAUGACAAUGACUCAGGAGACUAUACCCCCUGGCAGGAGCAUAUAUUUUCUGAUGAGAGGAUUGAAAGAAAGACACAAAGGAACAAAAACAAAUGGCGAACAUCAACACGUGCUCAGCUUAGUCAGUCUGGCCCCUAGUGAGCCCGGCUUUAACUAUCUGACGUGACUCUUGAGACUUGGCUUUUCUCUUGCUCUACAGCACCUGCGCGAAUGCCGGGUUUGCUCUGCUUGCCUUUUCUCUUUAACUCUUUAACUGUAAAACUGAAUAGAACUUGUACCAAUGUAAACGGAGAGAAAAGUUACACAUGGAACGCCUCUCCGCGUGGACAUCUCGAUCAUCUCCCAGAGUGGGGAUGGCGUUUUGGUUGGUUCUUACCAUGGAAACGUGGUGAUCUGUCGUUUAUAACGUUUGGUUUUGUGCAGCCUGCUGGGGUUGCGCUGGCUUGAAUGAACUACUUGAGUUUGUUGGGCAGAUCCCAAAUGAACGCAAAUGAGUUGUACAUGCGUAAAUAUUGCACAGGAUUACUUGUGAGGCAUGAUGUUUUAUAUUGCGAAUGAUACAUAAUGAUGUUUUUGGGGAUAAUCUUCCUUUGUUUACCCUUUCCACUUUUUGUUACUAUAGGAACAUUUCAGAGGCAGAGUGAAAUUUCCAAUAGAUUAAUUUGAUUAGUGACUUAGUUUUAUCCAUCAUUGAGGCAAAACUCCCUCUCAUUUCCACAUCAAGCUCUUUUAACCUCUCGAUCUGAUUGCUUUUACUCAGUUGAGCUGUAUAUUGUUAACAGAUCAGAGCAAUACUUCCUCUAGUUAGAUUAAUGGACGUGUUAUUGGUUGCAGUGAAGUGUGUGUGUUCAAGUGUGUACUCAAAUGCAGAAGAUUUUGACGCUGAUGACCUUGACUGCAUGUACUACUCUACGAGGGAAAGAUGAAAUGGCUUUUCUGAGUCUCAGAAAUUCAUUUACUGUACGCUCUUUACACCAGGCCUUGUCUGCGUUGAAUGAGGCCAUCUGUGGUGUGGAGAUGUAUGUCAGGCGCAGUAAUGCCAUAUGGCACAUGCUUUGCCUGAGGAUGGCGAUUGAGAACAGCUGAUGGGUAAUUAUGACAAUGUCAUCGACCCUCUUGGAAUGAAUAAAUCCAAAGGAAAGGUAACUCUUUUAGACAGCCCUCCACAGAGAUGCUUGUUAAAUAUUUAGAGAGGGUUUUCAUGUUUUGAGGUUCAAGGGGUUCACUAUUCAGUUGUGUUUUGUAGCGGUCUGUUACAUUUUUGCCUUAGCUCAAGGAUUCAUAUAUUUUGAGUGGCUUUGAACGAAGAUUUCCUUGCCGCCUCAGAGAGAUGUCGUCUCCUUCUACCUUUGAAAGUAUUGCAAUGUGUUUCCUUUACAUGACAGUCUAACGGUUCUUUCCAAUUGAAAACGCAAGAAAUGCCAAGCGUGUCUAAGUGAGUCAAAGGCACGAGUCAUUUUUACAGUUACAUUCAUGUUUUGUUGGUGUUGUGGAGUGGAGGGAGGUAUUGUCAGAGUAUUUUGACAAUCUUUUAAGCUCUGUAAGUUAGCUUUUGCCCUUUAACUCAUGUGGUGCCAUACCUCAAUAUCCAUAUUUACUAUAUUAACCUGGGGCUUAGCUAACUCCAAAGGUGGUGUUUGAAAUUUUUUCUUAAAAUUGUAUUUAUAUAUAUAUAUAUAUAUAUAUAUAUAUAUAUAUAUAUAUAUAUAUAUAUAUAUAUAUAUAUAUAUAUAUAAACAUACAUACGCAGUAUAAAUACUAUAGAAAGUUCUGUAAUUAUUCAGUGCUAAGGGUCUUUACCCACUUGAACCUGUGUUUUGAGAGUUGUCGGUCAAAUAUGAAUGAGUUGGGAAUGUUCUUUAGGUCAAUAUGAUUUGCAAAUAUUCUCAUCCCCAAACACAGACAAUCUGCCUUCAUUCUGCUAAAGAACAAUUGAGUAUUUAUUUAUUAAAAAAUGUAAAUAUGUAUCACUUCAAAAUGGCUUUGUCUUUUGUUUGUCCAUGAUGCUGUUUCUAUGCCUAAAUCUUUUGUAUGUCUGAAAAAUUGGUUUUAUAUGUAUUUUUUACAAUAAAUAUGCUUAAGUGUGA